AUUCAAAGUUAAUCAUUCCUCAAUUAAGCAACAAAAGAUUAUUUUGAGAAAUUUGAAUCUCAAGUGAGAUAAAGUACAAGAUUUGUUGAGUGUCAUUUUAGAGAUUAUCGAAUAAAGUUUGUGAUCUUUACGAUCGCCGGUUAAUUUCUUUCAUUGAUUUAACUAAGAGUCUUUCAACUCAGUAUAUCGUGAUGGCAUCAGGAUUGCUAGCUUUAUUGAGUGUCAGCGAUAAAUCCGGUUUAGUUGAUUUCGCAAAAGGACUUCAGAGUUUGGGAUUGAAACUUACAGCGAGUGGUGGAACAUCAAAAGCAAUUAAAGAUGCAGGUUUAACUUGUUUGGAUGUCUCACAAAUAACAGGAGCACCGGAAAUGUUGGGUGGGAGAGUUAAAACUCUUCAUCCAGCUGUUCAUGCUGGAAUUCUUUCAAGAUUCAUCGAAUCUGAUGUUGCAGACAUGGAACGAAUGAAAUAUGAAUUUAUUCAAAUUGUUGUUUGUAAUCUUUAUCCAUUUUCUUCAACAAUUGCAAAAGAAAAUGUAACAACUGAUGAUGCUAUCGAAAAUAUUGACAUCGGUGGUGUAACUUUACUUCGUGCUGCAGCAAAGAAUUACUCAAGAGUCACCGUCAUUUGUGAUCCAAAUGAUUACGACAUGGUUUUGGGAGAGCUUCGUCAAUUUGGAGAUACUCAAGAUACAACCAGACAAUCACUUGCACUCAAGGCAUUCACUCAUACAGCUGAAUAUGAUUCUUGCAUCUCUAAUUACUACCGCAAGCAAUUUUCAUCUGGUAAAUCGCAGCUAACACUUCGUUACGGAAUGAAUCCACAUCAAAAACCAGCUCAGAUCUUCACAAAACUUGAUAAACUUCCAUUGAAAGUGUUAAAUGGAUCUCCAGGCUUCAUCAAUUUAUGUGACGCUUUAAAUGCUUGGCAGUUGGUGAAGGAAUUGAAGAGAAGUCUUAAACUUCCUGCAGCUACAAGUUUCAAGCAUGUUUCACCAGCUGGUGCUGCUGUUGCUACUCCUUUGUCGAAAGUUCAAGCAGCUGUUUGUAUGGUUGAUGAUCUUUACAAUGAUUUAACGCCUUUAGCGAUUGCUUAUGCGAGAGCUCGUGGAGCUGAUCGAAUGUCGUCAUUCGGUGAUUUCAUUGCACUUUCUGACGUUUGUGAUGUCAUCACAGCGAAGAUUAUUUCCAGAGAAGUCUCAGAUGGAAUUGUUGCGCCUGGAUACAAUCCUGAAGCUCUUGAAAUUUUAAAGAAGAAGAAAAAUGGAAGUUAUUGUGUUUUGCAAAUCGAUUCGAAUUACGAACCAAAUGAAAUUGAAUCAAGAACAUUGUUUGGUCUUCAUUUGGAACAGAAACGAAAUGACGCUGAAAUAAAUGUUGAUACGUUCAAAAAUGUUGUGACAAGCAAUAAAGAUCUUUCAUCAGCUAUCAAUGAUUUAAUUAUCGCUCAAAUAGCAUUGAAAUAUACACAGAGUAAUUCUGUUUGUUAUGCAAAAGAUGGACAAGUGAUUGGCAUUGGUGCUGGUCAACAAUCGCGUAUUCACUGCACGAGAUUGGCUGGUGAGAAGGCAAAUAAUUGGUGGCUUCGUCAACAUCCUCGUGUUCUUUCACUUGAGUUUAAGAAAGGUGUGAAGAGAGCUGAAAUUUCAAAUGCGAUUGAUAACUUCGUUAAUGGAACUGUUGGACAAGACAUGCCAGUUGAACAAUUUAAUUCAAUGUUCGAGAAGGUUCCAGCAGCUUUAACUGACGAUGAGAAGAAGGAAUGGAUUCAUAAAUUGUCUGGCGUUUCUCUUGGUUCUGACGCUUUCUUCCCCUUCCGUGACAAUGUCGAUCGUGCUCGAUUAAGCGGAGUUUCAUUUAUUGGCGCUCCUGGUGGAAGUACAAAUGAUCAAGGUGUUAUCGAUGCAUAAAAAGUCAAGGAAAAAGAAGAGGAAAAGUUAGAAAAGUCUCAGAAAAAGUUAAAACAGUUUCGGAAUAAGAUUGUCAUUCGUAAAUUACCACCAAAUUUGACAUUGGAAUCUUUUCUUGAAAUUGUUGACGUGAAACUGGAUGAUGCGUCGAUUGUUGAUUUUUAUUUUGUACCUGCUGAUUGGAGUCUUGGAGCUGAAGCAACAACAAGAGCUUAUAUAGAGUUUAAAAAUGAGUCUGAUAUUUUCGAUUUCACUACAAGAUUUGAUGGCUACGUGUUUGUUGACAACCUUCGUGGCUCUGAAUAUCCAGCCAUUGUUGAAUAUGCACCGUUUCAAGGACUUGUAAAGUCUCGCGCAAGAAAAAGAGAUAAACAUGUGGGAACAAUUGAAAAUGAACAACAUUUUAUAAACUUCCUGGAUCUCUUGAAGAAAACUGAAGAAGCAGAAAAUCAGAAGACUGAAGUUAAAGUCGAAUACAGUUAUCAAAUAAAAGACGACAAAAAGAUCACUUCAACACCAUUGAUUGAAUAUUUAGCAGCCAAAAAUCAAGAGAAACGCGAUGCAAAGCGUAAAAAAGUCGAAGAAAGGAAAAAGCAACGAGAAGACGAGAAGCAGAAAAUAAAAAUUCAAAUAGCUAAAACCUGGUUAAUUCCUGAACCAAUAAAGGAAUCAAAGGAAGAAGUUGUUUAUGAUGAUGGCGUCGUGGUUCGAACAGUUCCAUCGCGUUUAGGUCGAAAUGAUCGUAGAAAGGAAUUAAAAGAAGCAAAUAUGGAAACAAAAACUGAGAUAAAUAAGAAUGAAAAGGAUAAAGAUCGUCGUGAUAAACGCGAUAGAGAUGGAACUUCACCAAAUUAUCGACGUAAACCACGCGGGAAAAAGAAGAAAAAUAAAGAUGAAGAAAUUCAACAAAAGCCAAAAGAAACUGAGACAAUACAAGAACCUUCAUCUAGUUAUGCUGAUAAGAAGCCAGCAAGAGUUGAGAAAAAAGUGAAAGAGCCAGCCAAAAAACCCGGCGACACAAAACGUUACAGUGUGUUGAGAAAAGCUCGUCAAGAGAAGGAAAAUGAAGCAGGAGCCGUUGGUGGUGAGAAGGAAGAUGAAGAAACAAUGCAGGAAACAGAUAAAAAUGUUGAUCAAGACAAAGAAAUGAACGAAGCUGCUGCUGAUGUAAAAUCAUCAAAAGCCAGCAUCGAUAGCGACGAAGCUCAGUCAUCAAAAGUUCGGGAACAGAAAACUGAUGAACGUGCUCAACGUCAGAUCAGAAAUAAAGAUCGUCCAUCACUGCAACGUUAUCGACCACAGCCUAGAGAAACGAGAAAACAAAGAAAGGAAAGAAAACGUCAGAUUGUUGAGAUGUUUGAAAGAAAUGAGAAGACACUCGAAAAAGAAAAUGAGGAAAAAGGUUAUCAAAAUUUUGACCAAUUUAUGAAAUUAUUGCAUUCAUCAAACGAUGAACAAAAUGUUCACGAUGAUAAUGAUGAUCGUUCCAGCAAUAGCACUGAAAAUAGAAAACUUUCUUUAAAGGAUGAUGAAACUUCUCGCGUAUCUGAAGAUGCUUUGAAAGAAGAUUAAAAAAUUAAACUUUUAAUAAAUUUCUUUAUUCAUCAAUG